AUGUUCAGCCAACGCAGAUGUCCAUGCUGUUAUGCUGGAAAUUACCAGGAAUCUGAAUAUCAAAUCAGACCACAGAAAAAGCCGAAGCAUCAGAAAGUUGAACAACCUGAGAUGGAAGGCGAGGUUGAAGAUGGAAAACCGUACGCUUAUCUGGGAGAAGGUGAAAUCUGGGCAAAUGGAGCCUUCUUAAAAAUCCUUCGGAAGAAGUACUGUGCUGAUGGAGAACCAGUGCAUAAAUCAAUUCGUCAUGCGUCUCCUGGUCAUUCUGCUGGUGAAUCAAUGUAUCCACCAGUUCGUUACGCGUCUCCAACGCACACCAUUCAAAUACCAAUGCAUAGUCCAUCACCAAGACGUCCUAGAGUAAAGUCACCAUCGAAGUCCGGUUGCACGUAUAGAGUAGCUCCAAUCAAAUCGAAAAAUGACAUUCGUGACGGAGAUCUUAUCAUUGAAACUAGCGACCACAAGUACUUGAGGGUUCUUGGACCACGUGAUUGCAGCCAAGGUGAUGACUUCUAUGUCUGUGUUGAAAACUGCAAGAAGCCAAGGCGUCAGCGAGCAAAGUCGUAUUCCUCCUCUUCCAGCUCCUCAAGCACGGAAGAGGAAGCCCAUUAUUCUAGGACGUAUAUUCCAACCACCUACGUAAACACAGGCAAUCGGUGCAACUGUCCUGGGUAA